AAGUGUGCCUAGGCACUGCUGCUUAGACGGCCGCUCACAUUUCUCUUUCAGCUCAUCCUGGGAAGGAGCUUCACAUUCCCAAAGCCUAGAGAGUGAGGAAGGAUAUCAUUAAAGAAACAAGCCACCAUGGCCCUACCUACAGAUCAGGAUGAAGAACAGAGAUUGUACCAGCAGACAUUACUUCAAGAUGGCCUCAAUGACUUGCUGGAAACAGACAAGUUUGUGGAUUGUGUGUUGAAAGUCAAAGGAAAAGAGUUUCGAUGUCACAGACUUGUCCUGGCAGCCUGCAGCCCUUACUUUCGGGCCAUGUUUUUGUCUGAUAUGGAGGAGAGCAAAAAGAAGGAAAUAGUUAUGGAAGAGGUGGAACCAGAAGUUAUGGGACUACUCAUUAAGUACAUCUACACCUCUGAAAUAGAGAUCAAUGAAAAAAAUGUCCAGGAUAUUUUUGCAGCUGCUAAUAUGUUCCAGGUGCCUUCCAUCUUUACCGUCUGUGUGUCUUUUCUACAGAAGCGACUGGGUUUAAGUAACUGCCUGGCAGUCUUCAGGCUUGGCUUGAUGUUAGAUUGCCCACGUCUUGCAAUAUCUGCUAGAGACUUUAUCUGCGAACGCUUCCAGAUGAUUUCAAAAGAUGAAGACUUUCUUCAUUUGGCACCCAAUGAGCUGGCAGCGAUAAUCACAGCUGACUCCAUAAACACUGAAAAAGAAGAAGCGGUCUUUGAGGUGGUUAUGGAUUGGGUAGCUGUGGACAAAGCCAGCCGACUCAAGGAGCUGCCAGAUCUACUUGACUGUGUCCGCUUUCGUCUGAUUAAUAGUGAAUACUUGGCUACAAAGGUCGAGAAGCACGCAUUAAUAAAGUCCAACCCUGAAAUUAUUGAGAAGCUUCAAAUGGUUAAAGAUGCCAUUGCAGGAAAACUUCCCGAAAGAAAGAAGGCUACUAGUAAGAAAAGUAUUGACAAGAAGGGUGGAGAUGGUACAAAAGAUGAAGAAGAAGAAAACUUUCUUCCAGGAAUAUUAAAUGAUAACCUGAGAUUUGGAAUGUUCCUCAAGGACUUGAUCUUCAUGACUAAUGACAUGGGAUCAGUGGCCUAUGACCCCAUAGGAAAUGAGUGUUACAUUGCUUCUUUAUCAACACAAAUUCCUAAAAAUCACUGCAGUCUGGUGACCAAGGAAAAUCAGAUCUUUGUCUCAGGAGGGCUCUACUACAAUGAAGAUAAUAAGGAUGAUCCAUUCAGCUCUUUCUUUUUACAGUACGAUCCAAUAGGCUCAGAUUGGCUUGGAAUGCCUCCUGUGCCAUCUGCCCGUUGUCUCUUCAGUAUGGGUGAGGCAGAGAAUCUCAUCUUCAUCAUUGGAGGAAAGGAACUGAAGGAAGGAGAGAAGACUCUGGAUAGCGUGAUGUGCUACGAUAGAACGUCUUUUAAAUGGGGUGAAUCUGACCCACUAUCACAUACAACCUACGGACAUAUGUCGGUGUCUCUCAAUGGACUGGUCUACGUCAUUGGUGGCAAAGGAGAAGGAAAGAAAUGUAUGAAGAGAGUAUGUGCCUACAACCCAAAGAGAUUCGAAUGGACAGAUUUGGCUCCUCUGAAGACUGCCAGGUCUCUCUUUGGAGCUGUUGUCCACAAUGGGAAGAUUUUUGUAGCAGCCGGUGUGACAGACUCUGGGCUUACUAGCAGUAUUGAAGUUUACGAUCCUGCCAAGAACAAAUGGGAGGAAUUUCCAGAAUUCCCACAAGAGCGCAGCUCCAUGAGUCUAGUCAGUCUUGGAGGUUCUCUUUAUGCCAUUGGAGGCUUUGCAAUGGUUCCCAAUGAAUCAGACGAGAUUGUACCAACUGAAAUGAAUGAUAUUUGGAAGUUUGAAGAAGACACAAAGCAGUGGUUGGGUAUCCUGCGAGAGAUCCGUUAUGCUUCUGGGGCCACCAUCCUUUCAGUUCGCAUGAAUACACUGCGGCUAACCAAGAUGUAACUUCAUCUUAAGAAAUAAAUGAUACUGUAGGUUUGAA